AUGGAGGACAAAAAACAAGCUUUGAUGCAAGCGAUCAAAAAAGAGCUUGCAGUUGCAAAUGCAGCAGAGUUAAUUGGAAAAUUAAACAAAACAUGUUAUGAUCGAUGUAUUCCUAAGCCUGGAAAUCGCUUUGAAAGCACUGAACAUACAUGUGUCUCGAAAUGCAUAGCAAGAUAUAUGGAUGCAUGGAAUAUUGUAAGUCGGACAUAUAUUGCUAGGAUUCAAAAAGAAAGACAAGCACAGUCAUUAGGACUUGAUGAUGUUUAA